AUGAGUGAGCGGCUAUUAAAGGACCAAAAUGUCCAGAAUAACUAUAUGGAUGAAGAGUAUGCGGAGUUUGAAGAGUUCACCUUGAGUAAUAAGGUUAAAUGGAUCAUAGGAAUUGUAGGUGGCGUUUUCACUAUUGGGAUACUUUAUCUCUUUGUGGUGCUUAUUCCAAGUUAUUAUAUUCCUGAAGCAUCUGAGUUAUCGGAUAUAGUGAAGGUUGGAGAGCUCAAUGCGACUUUAUCUCCAUUAGAAGAUCCUAGAAUCAAGCAAUUGGGGUUGGAUGCACCUUAUGACUAUGAAGGAGGUGAUGACGAUCUUGAUAAUGAAGAAUCGGAUGAAAAAGGCGACAUCGAUACCAUUGGUACCUCUAGUAAGAAAGUAGUGGAAAGAAUCAUUUUAAUUGGUGAUAUCCAUGGUCAUUACCUUGCCUUUAGAAAGUUGCUUAGGAAACUCAAAUAUAAUAGUAAAUCAGACCAUAUUAUUAUGCUUGGUGAUUUCAUCAGUAAAGGACCUGAUUCUCUUCAAGUUUUAGAUUUUGCUAUUAAUAAUAAUCUCGGUUGUAUUAUUGGGAACCAUGAAUAUGCUGUGCUACAAAAUUAUGCUUUAUUCCAUCAUUUGACAGUACCAAAAUUUACUGAUAAUUCUAGCCAUAGUUCUUCCAGAUUUACCAUCAAGGAUAGCUUUAAUUCCGAUCCAGAGUUCUUAUUGGCUAAGAAAUUGCAACCUAAACAUAUACAAUAUAUCAACCAUUGCCCACUUAUGUUGAAAUUAGGUGAAGUUCCUUUACACAAAUGGAGUAAUUUUGGUGGAAUCAAAUCUGCACCAGGAAUUGCAGUCCAUGCUGGUAUUAGAUGGGACUUAUCAUUAGAAGAUCAAAUUCCAGAAGAUACUUUAGAAAUGAGAUCUUAUGUUGGUCCAUUCUUUAAUGAGACAACCAGUGAUCCUCAUGAAAAGCAUUCUAUUUCUUGGUCAAAAUACUAUAAUAAGAAAAACUUACCUAAUAAGAAUGUGGUUUACUAUGGCCAUGAUGCCAGGAGGGGCCUUAACUUAAAGAAAUACACCAAAGGAAUAGAUACAGGUUGUGAUCGUGGUGAAAAAUUGACUGCCAUGAUGAUUUGGUUACAGAAAACUCCAACUGGGGUUAUUCACUAUGCCGAGAGACCAGUCCAUGUCAAUUGUUAG